GACAUUUUAAGGGUUUUUACACCAUCAGUAUAGCCUAAGAUGACAGCAUAUAGUACAGCUAUAGAGAGACACGUAAAGAGAAGGAGAGUGAGUGAGAGAGAAAGUGAGUGAGAGAGAUAGAGGGGACGACGACAACGUCGUAGGGAUUCUCCGGCAUUCACGUCCGCUGAGGGUACAACGGUAUGAAUCAGAAUGCCGCAGAUGAAGGUUCGGUUAUUUGCGCUCAAAGACUUGGAUAACAUCUUUCCUGCAACUGGACUUAAGAAACACAUUCCAUCAUCUUCAUCAAUCCACAUCUUCCGUAGUAGAAUAAAGUGAUCUUCGCUCUUAACUCGCAUGCAACUACGUCUAAAGCUGCUGUUCUGCUAUUUGGCUCAGUUGAACGCUUUAACACGGAUCAUCACCAAAAUAUGAAAUUGUCCACGGACACAGGGUAAUAAUUUGCCGGCUUUUGAUUUCCCUUUUAGGUGUUAUAUUGUAACACAAAGGAACAAAUAAGAAGGGCUUGUCUUAAUUUCCCACCUAUGCCGCACAAGUUCAAAACAGGUGUCUUUAAGAUUUUCCAUACUCGAGUUUGCGAAACUAUUUUACCUCGUAUAUGAGUAUUUUGAACCUGUUGACAUAUAUUGUCUAGCUGACUACUUUAACCUAAUUCACGAGCAAAGGUAAUGGACUUUUCUCCUUUCAUCGGGAUCAUGAGGUGAUUCACCUACCAGGUGGUUUAACUGCUCGCAAAUAUCUCAACAUCUGUCUCCAAAAAUUGGCAAACAUUUUAAACAGUCGAAUAAUCAAGUUCUUGCCCGAAUGGAGAAAGCUCUUUCAACACUCCGUCACCUUAACGUCCGAUAUGAAUGACAGUUCUUCAAACACCUCUACAGCCAUGUUUCACCAGCUCCUGCAGAACACCAGCUGUGAAUUCCCGCUGUGCAACAGCAGCGUAGCGGCGGACCCGUUUUUACAGCUGCCUACUUUUUCCACUGCAGCCAAAGUCAGAGUGAUAAUUACCUUUGCUCUGUGCGCUGUGUCAGCAGUUUGUAACCUCGCCGUACUGUGGGAGGCUAGUACCAACAAUAAGCGCAGGUCCCAUGUCCGAAUCCUGAUUAUAAACCUAACUGUGGCGGACCUGCUGGUGACAUUCAUCGUGAUGCCUGUCGACGCAGUGUGGAACAUCACUGUACAGUGGCUGGCUGGUGACGCUGCCUGUAGAUUCCUCAUGUUCAUGAAACUUGUCGCGAUGUACUCCUGCGCCUUUGUUACUGUUGUCAUCAGCCUCGACCGACAGUCUGCAAUCCUGAACCCGCUGGCGAUCAGUGAGGCCAAGAGGAAGAACAAAAUCAUGUUGAUCAUUGCCUGGACCAUGAGUGUGAUCCUGUCUGUCCCACAGAUGUUCAUCUUUCACAACGUCACCAUCUCCCUCCCAUCAAACUUCACGCAGUGCACAACCCAUGGCAGCUUCCUCCGGCACUGGGAGGAAACCCUCUACAACAUGUUCACCUUUGUGUGUCUCUUCCUCCUUCCUCUGGUCAUCAUGAUCGUCUGCUACACCCGCAUCCUGCGGGAGAUAUGGCGAAUAGCAAAGGGAAACAUGUCCUCCAACGAGGUUCAUCUCAGGCGCUCCAACAGCUACAUCCCAAAGGCACGUAUGAGGGCGUUAAAAAUGAGCGUCGCCAUCGUGAGCUCCUUCAUCGUAUGCUGGACCCCGUACUACCUGCUGGGCCUGUGGUAUUGGUUUUUCCCCGAUGACAUGGGGGAAACGGUGUCACACUCCUUGACGCACAUUCUCUUCAUAUUUGGACUCUUCAACGCCUGUCUGGACCCCAUCACGUACGGUUUGUUUACCAUCCACUUCCGCAAGGGACUGAAGCGUUACUGCGGUGGAGCCGCGGUGCUAAACGAGUCAGAAAACAACUCGACAAUGACCGGCUCGUUCAAGUGCUCGCCAUCCCCUUUCCGCAUGAAGAAGCUCGCUCAGAGUAGUCCAGCUGGCCGCCGACCCCAGAAAAUCGAGGGUCAGCAGUGCAAGAAGCAGGAACCACAUAACAAUUAUCUCACUGUUUACCAAAACACAGAGCCGGGAGACCCAAACCAGUCAAGCCCAGACAGUGGAUACUGAUUCCUUUUGAAUGCAACCUUGGCCUACUACUUUUGAGGUGAGACAAAGUCUGAGAGAAUAUUUGCAUACAGCUCCUCACAGAUUAGCUGCUGUCUGUCCCAGGCUGUGAAUAAUACAAGAAAUUGUGAUGGGAUGGGAACACAGUUUUGUUUACUUGUCCAUAUUGGCAAUGUUGUUCAGAAUGGAUCGUGCUGAUUUUUCUUUAGAAUGUAGGUGGUGGUGUCAGUAUGCUUCAACAGAUGGUCACAUUGAAACUCUACUUCAACUUCAAGUUCUCAUCCAAUUUGAAAGAAUAAAAUAUGGAGUUACUUCAUAUUAAAAUUCUGCUUGCACGCUGUGAGGCAGUAGAGCCCCUGUUAGGCAGUUCAUUUGCACAUCUUACGCAAGUUAUUGACAAUGGUAUUUUUGAGGACCAAAAAAAAUCAAUCUUACCUCUGAAGCCUCCGGUGGUUUGGAGAGCAGCUGCACUUCUGUGACCCCACUAGAAAAAUAUUCUGUCAACAUAAAACAUCACCAGCACUUACAUUACUUCAGAGCAGAGUAUGUUGUGGCUGCAAGCAUGCAAGCGAGCUACAAACUUUAAAUACAUUAGUGAUGCAAAUGAAUGCAAAUGGAUUAUGGAGGGAUUUCUUUAUGGUUACUGGUAACUCCACAUUUAAUCAUAGUCUUUCUGUCUUAUCACUCUGUCUCCGGAUUGCAGUUACAGACUUGAGGGCCACUUUUAUUGACUCUGUGGUCACAGAUCAACUGCCAGUUUGCCUACCUCAUUUCAAAUCCCUGUGGGGACGCAUAUAAUAAUGUUGCAUAUUUUCAAUCAUAAUUAUAGCAUUAGCUAGCUCAUUUCCAGGACACGGUUUAUGAUCGGAAAUUAGUGGAUUUCUUUUUUCUGGCAUCUCAGGAAAAGUAUGACACAUUUUUUAGAGCAGUUAAGUAUUUCUGGUGACUGCAAAACUGUAAAGUCUUAGAUUACCAUUAUUGCUGUACCGUGAAGAGAAAGGUUCACAUGUGUUUGUCGUUGUUGUGAUAUUUGUAAGUUCUCAAAAGUGGCAAACUCUUUUAGUGCAAAAAUCUUUGUUCUGUGUGAAAUUGUUGGUGAGAAUUAUCUAUUUGUGAGCUGUUCCUCAUUGUGUAAACGCACAGUAGCCACACAUCUGUGCAAUGUCCUGUCUGCAGAAAAUGUGAUAAACCUGCAGGUUUCCUGUGGGGAUAGAAAGAGUAAGCGUCCAAUACUGUCCUCAAUUCCCUACUCCAAAAUCCCUCUGCUGUCUUUUCUGGUCUGUUCUCCAAUUUCUUUCUCUCUCCCCUCUCUUUCUGUCUCUCUCUUCCGUCUAUUCUAUUUAAUAAUGUCAGACAUGCUUGAAGGAAUACUGUACCUCAGAUUAGGGCUGAACGAUUUGGGAAAAUAAUCUAAUUGCGAUUUUUUUCUCCAAAAAUUGCGAUUGCGAUUUAAUAUGCGAUUUAAAAAAAAAAAUCCCAACAAAUCGUAAUGUAU